AUGAAAACCCUUUUCCUCAUCUUCCUCACUUUAACUUCCACAUUCUUCUUCUCCUCCUCCUCUCAGGAAGCGUCGGCUUCUGGAGAAACCGACUUGGAAACCUACAUUGUCUCUGUUGAGAAACCAGCAGGCCUACUAGAAUCCAAUCUACAUGACUGGUACACCACAUUCCUCCCAGAGGCUACUACAAGCCUAAGCUCGAACCAACAACGAAUCGUCCACUCCUACCGUAAUGUGAUCACAGGCUUUGCGGCUAGGCUCACACCACAGGAAGCCAAAGCAAUGGAACAGAAGGAAGGCUUCAUCUCGGCCCGAGUCCAACGAUCUUUCCCACUACACACAACCUUCACUCCCAAGUUUCUCGGCCUGCCACAGAAUAUUCUACGAGCUGGGAACGCCUCAAAUUAUGGAGAGGGAGUGAUCAUUGGGAUGAUUGAUUCGGGGAUAAAGUAUGAUCACCCUUCUUUCUCCGACAAAGGCAUGCCUCCCCCGCCUGCCAGAUGGAGAGGCAGGUGUGACUUCAACGGCAAGCAAACAUGUAACAACAAGCUCAUUGGUGCUCGAAGCUUCGUCUCUACUGCUCGAGGUAUCGAUCUCCCGUGGGAAGAAGCCUACCAUGGGAGUCAUACUUCAGGGAUAGCUGCAGGGUGCCCUGUAGAAGGUGCCAACGUGUUUGGACAAGCGAAUGGGACAGCCACGGGGAUCGCGCCUAGAGCCCAUGUGGCAAUGUACAAGGCCUGUGCAGUGUCCUGCUAUGAUGGUGACUUAUUGGCAGCAAUCGAUGCUGCUAUUGAUGAUGGCGUUGAUCUGCUGUCAAUCUCCAUUGGACCUGAAUCUCCUUUUCCAUUCUACUACGACGUGAUUGCAUUGGGUGCAUUUAGAGCCAUUCAAAAGGGUAUCUUUGUGAGCUGCUCAGCUGGAAAUGAUGGACCUUAUCCGAGUACAGUAACCAACGAUGCGCCAUGGAUUCUAACCGUCGGAGCGAGCACGAUCGAUAGGGAGAUCAGAGCUACGGUGAAGUUGGGGAACAAUGUGGAGCUCCAUGGCCAAUCCCUCUUCCAGCCUAAAGACUUCCAUCCACGGCAGCCACUCCCAAUCGUCCAUCCUGCUGCAAUUAGCAAUAAUGAAUCAGCAGCAGUUUGUGAGAAAGGGUCACUGAAGAACAUUGAUGUUAAAGGCAAGAUAGUCAUAUGCCACAUGGGACAAUUGAGAAUCGAGGAUAAGGGUAAAGAAGUGAAGGACAAUGGUGGCGCAGCCAUGAUCGUGUUCAACGAGCAGGAUGAUGGAUACACUACUCUUGCUACAGCCAACGUCCUUCCCGCAUCACACAUCAGUUACAAGGAUGGAUUGGUACUAAAAAAUUACUUGAUAUCCACGCAAUCUCCCACUGCAACAAUCUCAUUCCAAGGUACCUUGAUUGGCAAGUCACAACCUGCUCCACAAAUGGCCUCCUUCUCUUCCCGAGGUCCUAGCACGCAAUCUCGGGGGAUCCUGAAGCCCGACAUAGUUGGCCCCGGGCUCAACAUUCUGUCUGCUUGGGGAGUCUCAAUCGACGAAGCUACGAACCCAUUCAAUGUGAUCUCAGGAACUUCAAUGUCAUGCCCACAUUUGAGUGGAGUUGCAGCUCUGAUCAAGAGUGCUCAUCCAGAUUGGUCCCCUGCAGCUAUCAAGUCGGCCAUUUUGACCACUGCCUACACCGCUGAUCUCAAUGGCAACCCGAUCUCCACCGAGCAGAAUGUUUCUGCCACAGUGUUCGACAGGGGUUCGGGUCAUGUCCACACAUUGAGGGCAUUGAACCCUGGUCUGGUUUAUGAUAUCGAGCCGGAUGAUUACAUUCCUUACCUCUGUGGGUUGGGUUACAGCGAGCAGCAGGUGAGAUAUAUCGUGCAGAGAAAGGUGAAUUGCUCGACUCCAACUUUGAUACCGGGGGCUCAGCUGAACUACCCAACAUUUUCGAUGGUAUUGGGUGCCGGUGAUCAGAUGACUUACACUCGAACUGUUACUAAUGUGGGUCGGCCUUUCUCGACGUACAUCAGUAAGGUUUUGUCGCCUCAAGGGGUUGCUGUCAAAGUCAUGCCUAGUGUGAUCAGGUUCAAAGAUCUCAACGACAAAGCGAGCUACACUGUGACAUUUACCAGGUUGGAGAAUGUGACGAGAAGCAGUAUCAUUGGCCAAGGUUCCUUGGUCUGGAACUCCAUUGGUGAUGAUGGAUACAAGGUCGUGAGUACUAUUGCUGUCGUCUUUGUUUGA